AUGAGUGAAAGUAAUGCAGAUUUUUUCAGCCCUUUCGAGGACACACAGAGUAACCCAGAAUUUGGUAUUUCUCCGACCCCGAAACAGCACGUAACAAUUCCAAAAGAACCUUCAUUCAAAAAAGCAAAAUGGACUCCGGACGAGGAUAAACUAUUAAUCGACAGCGUUAAACGUAAUGGAAUGAGUAAUUGGUCUUUGGUUGCCAAAGAAGUUCCUGGAAGGACAGGAAAGCAAUGUAGAGAAAGAUGGACGAAUCAGCUUUGUCCAGAUCUAAACAAAGAUAACUGGACCCCACAAGAAGAUCAAAUUUUACUAAAACAACAACAGAUUAAUGGCAAUUUUUGGGCUAAGAUAGCUAAAUUCUUACCUGGAAGAUCGCCAAAUGCAAUUAAAAACAGAUGGUCCUGGCUCAGCAGGCAUCGUAUUCCCGCAAUGUUUGCCGCACAGAUGAUGCUCCCGAGAAUGACAGCAGGCCAAGCCCUGAAUCCUAACAUCCCCGUUCCACAGAUCUAUCAAACACAACAGACUGUACCUCAGGAAAUUAACUGGCAGACGUCUGGAAGCCAAGAUAAUCGGAUUCCAUUCUCUGAACCGAAUAUCUUCUCAAAUGGCUUAAGCGAAAUGUCUAACGAAACAGAUACUAUACUAGCUGCUGAUGACUUUGAAUGUCACAUUGGCGAAGUUGAUAGUUAUCCAUUAUCUCCUUCGAAUCAAUGCGAUUUUGAAUUAGCUGAGACUAAGCAGGAUGACUCUUUCUGGGAUUUCUAA